AGUGAAGCGGCAUCAGCGCCGUCGUGUAUCGCGAUGAUGGAGAAGUAAAUUUAUGCCGGAGGCGGAGUUUAAUUGUCCAUGUCAUUUACCUGUCGUAUUAUUGAAUAGAUACAUGUGGAAAUACGAAUGUUUUGUAAAUUUGCAUUUUUCGUAAACACUUAUACAUUUAAACAUAUACGUUAUAUUAUUUGAUUACUUAUGUGACGUCUUUCAAUUAACACAUGUUGAUUAAGAAGAAGCGUUUUUAAUUCUGAAAACAAAAAAAAACGUAUGGUGUAGGAUUUGAAAUUAAAGGUUUAAGGCGGGACUAUUAAGAAGGGCUGAUAUCUGGUCGUGAAACAGAAAUGGAUAAUAUUGGAGCGGAAACGGAAAUGGGUUCCGAAAAGACACAUGAACCGGAAGUAGGGUAUAGCAACGCAGUAAAUGAACAGACGUCAUCACCUGCAGAUUUAAAACUAUCAAUGGCGGCACCUUACAAGAUGACAAAGUUUCAAAUUCACAAAAAUCUCGUUGUUGUCAGUGUUGCAUUCUUAUUUUUAUUUACCGCAUUUCAAUCUUUAUCUAAUUUGCAAAGUAGCUUGAAUAGGGAAGAUGGAAUUGGCACAGUAGGUAUGUCGGUGAUUUACGCGGCACUUGUCAUUUCAUGUAUGUUUCUACCACCAUUUAUCAUUGACGCAGUAGGAUGUAAAUGGACAGUCGCCUUCUCCAUGUUAUGUUAUAUUCUUUAUAUGGCUGCAAACUUCUACGCCACCUGGUGGACAAUUAUCCCUAGUGCUAUUAUUCUCGGUAUCGGUGCAGCUCCUUUAUGGUCGGCGAAAUGCACUUAUUUGACCCAGAGUGGUACCUGGUAUUCCAAAAUGACAGGUCGAACAGAAGAUGAUAUUAUCAACCGAUUUUUUGGAGUGUUCUUCAUGAUAUUCCAGACCA